GGAUAAUAUCAACCACAGGCCAAACGAGUGGAUGAAAUUUGAUCAUCUGAGAUUUUUUAUUAAUUUCAUCGCUGUUUAACACCAUCUCUCUGCAUCUCCGGAGUCUCAUCUUCAAUCUAACCCUCCUCUUCAGAAGCCCAGACACACACUACUCCCUCUCUCACUUUCUCCAUGGCUACAAUCGCGAACUUCUUGUCUAAGCCCCCUUCAUCUCUGCCCCCUAAAAUCAAUGCUUUGUCCUCCGUUUUUUCAUCUUCUCUGUCCUUUACAAAACCCAGACCCCUAAUGAUGAAACUUGGAACAAGCAGAAGCACUAACAGCUUCACAGUGAAAGCCACAGCGGCACCAAGCAAGACUAAGAAAGCCGAGAGUGAUGAGAGAGUAAAACAUGUCCACAGCAUAGAGGAGUUCGACGAAGCCCUUCGAACGGCGAAAAACAAGCUGGUGGUGGUGGAAUUCGGCGCCAGCCACAGCAUCCACAGCAAAAAAAUCUACCCUUUCAUGGUGGACCUCAGCCGCCAAUGCAGCGACGUGGAGUUUUUAUUAGUAAUGGGCGACGAAUCGGAAAAAACCAGAGAACUCUGCCAGAGGGAGAACAUCGACCAAGUCCCACACUUCAGCUUCUACAAGAACAAGGAGAAGAUCCACGAGGAAGAAGGGAUCGGCCCAGAUGAGCUGAUGGGAGACGUGCUAUACUACGGAGACAACCACUCGGCUGUGGUGCAACUGCACUCGGGAGAAGAUGUGGAGCGGCUGAUCCAAGACCAUAAAGCUGACAACAAGCUCAUAGUUCUGGAUGUGGGAUUGAAGCACUGUGGGCCCUGCGUGAAGGUGUAUCCAACGGUGAUUAAGCUCUCAAGGCAGAUGACUGAUACGGUGGUGUUCGCCAGAAUGAACGGGGAUGAGAACGAUAGCUGCAUGAAGUUCUUGAAGGAGAUGGACGUUGUAGAGGUGCCCACGUUUUUAUUUAUAAGAGAUGGUGAGAUCUGUGGAAGGUACGUGGGUUCUGGGAAAGGAGAGCUUAUCGGGGAAAUUCUUAGAUACCAAGGAGUUCGUGUUACCUAUUAAUUAUCAAAGUCGAUACCAAAUAGAAAUCAGGCUUUACUCUUUUCUUUGGGAAAAAUUCUAGUAUUAUUUCCAUGAUUUAUAAAAUGAAAUCGGACGGUGAAGUUAAAUAAUAGAAUUGACGAGGAUUUUAUUAGUAUAUUUUAA